AUGAGAUACAACGCUUUGGCCUUCAUGGCCCUCGUCAACGGCCUCGCUCAGGCCAACCGUUUCGACUGGCAGAGCGAGUCCAAGGCUGAUGUUGCCAAGCAUGAGCACAAGAACGCUGCCGAUCCUGUCUUUAAGGUGGAGGUGAACAAGGGUCAACUUGAGGCUGGAAAAUUAAAGAAGGAGGGAGAGAAAGCUGAGCAACAGGCCAAGAAGCUGGAGGAGAAGCUGCAGAAGAAAGAGGAUGAGCUUGAGCUCAAGGCUGCACAGGCUGGAGGGAACCGCCAUCACCACCACAGCCACUCCUCAUACUCCCCUGAUACUACUUACGAUCCUGCCACAAAAACUACUGGAUAUCAUCACCAUCACUCAGGCCACCUCCAAAAGGGCCCCUACACGCUUGAUGGAGAGAAAUACGACUAUAUCCAUAAACCAAAGGUCCACUUCCACACCUCUUACACAACCCACGUACCUACUCUCAGUCCUGGAUGUGUCGGUGACAAGUGUUCUCGUAAGCCUUGUAAGGAAUGCCAUGGCAACUGGGCACAGCCUGGCUGCUGGCACUGCAAAGCCCUUGGAGCCACUGGCGAGGAGGUUGCUGAACAGGUGGCGAAGACCACCAAGCAUGCUCCCAAAGAAACCAAGGCCAAAGAGGAGGAGAAGGAGGAGGAGAAAAAGGAGAAGGAUCCUCACGCAAAGACAUACACGCAUGGAGACAAGACUGUCAUUGUUCCUAAGGAGACCAAGGCCCCUGAAGCUACUCGGCCUGAAGCUCCCCAGAUUGAACAACCUCAUAAAGAGGGCCCUAAGGUCAUCGUCAUCGAGGACCCCAAGAAGAAGCCUGAGGAGAAGAAGUCUGAAGAGGAGAAAGAGGAGAAAGAAAAGUAUCACGAUGAGAAGCCCAAGCAUGAGUACCCCAAGGAGAAGCCCAAGCAUGAGCACCCCAAGGAGGAGCCCAAGAAGGAGGACAUCUGUGACAAGGUCCAUCGCCAUGGCCAGCCUAGCAUCUGUGACAAGAUCAAGCAUCAGCACCACAAGGUUGACGAGCCUAAGAAGGAGAACAUUUGUUCGAAGCCCAAGGGUUGCCAUCCCCAUCAGGCUCCCGCUCCCGCUCCCGCUCCUGCUCCUGCUCCUGCUCCUCACCAUGAAGUGAAGCCUGCCCCUGCCCCUGCUCCCGUCCCUCACCAUGAAGUGAAGCCUGCUCCUGCUCCCGUCCCGGCUCCUCAUCACCCCGAGCAGAAGCCUGAGAUUCAACCUGUCCCUAUCCCUGCUCCAGCUCCCCAACAGCCCGAGCAGAAGCCCGGAGAGGUUCAACCGGCUCCGGCUCCGGCUCCGGUCCCUGCCCCUGCUCAGCCCGAAGGAGCCAAGCCUGAAGAGGGCAAGUACGGCAAUGCUCCCUCAGUUCCUGUAACAGUGCCUAAGUCCGGAGCCACCUACAACCGCGUCUCUGUUGGCAUCGCCGUCUUUGCAGGUGUUGCCAGCAUGAUGCUUCUAUGA